GUUUAUAAAUGGCAACUAUAGCGGCUUCUCUCUUUUUGCUGCACUCUACAAAUGCCGGGUGGCUUUACAAUGUCUCAAUUUAGUUGCAAUAAGUACAGUAAGCAGGAAACGUCAUAUAACCAUUAAUAUGUUGGACUUUUACUAUAUGCUCUACUCGGCGCCCUGUCGCUCCAUUUUAAUGUUUGCCCAGGCCCUGGGAGUAGAGCUGAACAAGAAGCAGGUGGAUCUGGAUGCCGGAGAUCAUUUGAAGCCCGAGUUCCUCAAGAUAAAUCCACAGCACACGAUUCCCACACUGGUUGAUGGGGACUUUGCGCUAUGGGAAUCACGUGCUAUAUUGCUGUAUCUGGCUGAGACCUACAGCAAGGACGACGCCCUGUAUCCCAAGGAUCCGAAGCACAGAGCCGUCGUGAAUCACCGUUUGUUCUUCGACCUGGGCACAUGGUAUCAGAGCUACGUCUAUUACUACUAUCCCCAAUUGUUUGACGACGUCAAGAAGCCAGCUGAUGCUGAUCACUUAAAAAGAAUCGAUGCUGCCUUCGCCGCCUUCAACACGCUAUUAGAGGGCCUCAAUUAUGCAGCUGGCGAUAAGCUAACCCUGGCCGAUUUCGCACUCUUGGCCACCGUUUCCACCUUCGAGGUGACUGGAUACGAUUUCAGCCAGUUCGCCAAUGUGAGCAGGUGGUACGAGACAGCCAAGAAGGAGGUGCCCGGCUGGGAGGAGAACUGGGAGGGUUGCUUGUAUUACAAGAAACUGUACUUGUCGGAGCUGCAAGCCUGAAAUGUCUUGAUAUUAAAUAUAUUGUUUAUUCUUAAA